AUGGCUUCAAGGCAAUCGGCGGCUGGCCACGCCGCCUCCUCGUCCAACGGCACACCUUCAUCUGCUUCGUCUACCAGCUCGAUCAAACCUACAGGAUGGAUCAGGUCCCAUUCGGUUUCGAGACCAGCGCUUGGCGAUCGCACCAACUUUCCUUCCGCCCCGAAAUCUACUCCUCUGCGCUCUCUGCCAAAGCCUACCGUGCAGAGCGCUGGUAGACGCACCACCCCGGCCACGAACGGGAAUGCGGGCACGCAGCAAAAGCUGUCGAGCUUCUUUGCGCCUAACACGGCUCCCUCCGCCGUGUCCAAAGCGGCGUCAGCUUUGGCCGGUUCUGUAGCACGAUCAAGCCCAUUUCAGAAUUCUCCGAGUGUUGUACGCGCUCGAGCCAGGAGCAUCGCUGUGGAGGACAACUCGACCAGCGCUACAGCAGCGGCGGCGGACGUGGGAGAUGACGACUUGGAGGCGCGGGCUGCAUCGCUGCUCAGAGGUCGUUUCGGCAGUGUUUCGCGCUCUCUCGUCGCUAGUAAAUCUUCGACGCCUACUCGGGCCCCCUCCCCUCCAAAUUCUCCGCUGCCUUGCGUAGACCCACAACCUUCUCGUUUAGCACGAAUCUCUGCCUCACGCCGCGCAAUGCCAUCGCCACAACCAUCACAGGCACGACGACCUGAAUUGGAAACCCAGCAGGACACGCCACCGCGGCCAAAAAGUCGGCAUGCAACGCAAGAGCAGCCAGUAACCUCAUCGCCGCCCUUCGAACCAACACUCAUGCAAGAGUCGCUCUCCAACUUCACCCCACUUGCGUGGGAAGACGCGCACGCUUCCAGAAUGGCCUUCCUCCAGCGUCUGGCCGGUGUGCCCAAGGACGAAAUUUUGCGCGGGCAAAAAGCCAACAUGGCAGACGAGCUAGCCAAGGCGCACGCUCGUAUGCAGCCUCGAAUACAUGUUUCGCCAGACAAGAGGGGAGGCAAGAGACCAUUGCAGAACGUCCUUUCGCCGAGCAACAAGAAGGGCAGAUUGAAACCGGCAGCUGCGCUUACGUCUUCGCCGCCGAAGGAGAGGAUGCUGAAGAGGCCCGAAGCUGUGCUUCGGUCGCCACGGACGAAUCGCAGGAUCUACGCUCUGGAGACCCAGCUUGGCAGUGGACUGGGGCAUCAGAGAGCGACUAGUUUACAGCCUUUGUAUAGAGGUGUGGGGCCAGAUGCAGUGGGUCAGCGGCGCACAGUGUCUGCAGCUAGGCAUGCGGCCGGUGCUGGUGGAGCGUCGGACCGUCGUCAAGCCGAUAUGGUGAAUAGCGAGUCAAACCGACUCGUGGAGGAAGAAGAGGAAGAGUCCGAGACUCAGCCGUUACCUUGGCCGACAGAAGACGAUGAAGAAGCGGUGAAAUCAGGGGCAGAAAACCAAGUCGACGAAACCCAACCGCUUGCCUGGGACGAUCAAGACGAGGAACCGCAGCUCGAUCGCGCAUCGCAGCAGCUUCGAGACCACCAGGAAGCAGAAUUGACAGAGGUGCCGCCAUCAGAUGAUGAAGAUCUGCUGCUCCAGAACGUCAUUUCUUCGUCCUCUUCUUCCUCACCCUCUAGCUCGCCAUCGCCAUCGCCAAUACGCUUGAAGUCGGCAACACGUGGCGCUGCAUCUCCUUCGAUGAAACCACAACGUAUCAAGCAGGAGCAGCAUGACGCUAGCCCUCUCUCGAAUCGGCUGAUGCGGACACCCCUGCAGCCGCUGCCACUAGCAGGCCUGCCUCGAGUGAGCCCGGUCAGUCUCACCCCCAGUGCCCCUGGAGGCGCCGCGGCAGGAGGAAGCAGCAGGUUCGACCGCGUAGUCGCAGCACUCAAACGCGAAGAGCGUCGUCAGCACAAGGGGGCACAGCUUCAGCUUGACUCGUUUAUCUCUUCUUCGUGGUGCAAGGUGGAAGAGGAGCUGAAUAGAAGGACAGGUUUGAGCGAGGAUUUGCAGGAUGUGUUGUCAGAUGAUGAGGUGGGGGAUAUCACUGUAGGUGGUGCGGAGGGGAAUGCGGACGAGACGCAACUGCUGCCGUGGAGCAGUCCAGAUCGAGGCGAUCCGCAAGGUGUGCGCCGGCCCUCGCUCAAUAGCUCACCGAUGCCAACUCAACGGUCGACCGCGUCUAGCACGAGCGUGAGGACUAACAGCAGUAGGGCCACAAGCAGCAGCGCAGUCAGUCUACCCAGCGAGGGAAACUUGGACGAGGCGGGCAAUACCCAGCUUAGGUCGUUCUUUCAUGGAUUGUAG